AUGGCCUACUAUGGAAAAUGCAUCGAAACGGUGAUUGAGCAGCUGGACCGAUUUAAGCCGGGGAAGGACAGUCCUGAGCAGUUCCUGGAGGCUGCGGCCACCUCCCUGCAGACCCUGAGCCCCCAGAAGCAGGCGUUCAUUUUGGAGGUGCUGUCCGGGUGCCUCGAGUACCGGAAGCUGCUGACCAUCGUGGUGGACGCCUUCUACAUGCGGGACGGCCGCCUCUGCCUGUGGGCGGACUACAGCCUCUUCCUGGUGACCUGCUACCUGGCCACCUUCCAGCUGGAGGAGCUUGGCUUCCAGCUCUUCUGUAAAAUCGUCAAGUCCCAGCCGGCUGACAAGAUGCGCCAGUUCCUUGGGUUCUUCUUCAACCCCCUAAACCUGUGCUCGUGGGUCAAGGAUGAGUGGAGCCUCAUCUAUGAGACGGAGCAUGUGAAGUGUUGGAUGGACCCCCUGAUGAGAUGGCAGCCAGAGGUCCAGGAAUUCAUCAACCAGCUGGAGAGGGAGUCGACCAGCCAGCCCCUUCUUUCCAAGGCCAAGGUCACAGAGCCCAAGAAGUUCAACCUGACUGUCCCCAGGCCCCGUGCCAUUCCAGUGCCUGAGCCUGUCCCUGUCAUGCCCAAGCCAAGACCAGUCCCCAGGAGUACCUACGAGCCACCCAAGGAACCACAGGUGCUAGGGAUGACCAAGAGAUACAAUCGCCGCAAGGCAGAGGAGCUGCUGCUGAGGGCAAACCUGGAGGAGAUGCGGUGCGCAGUGCCCAGGGCCCGUGGGGAGCCCCCCGUGCAGGGCUCCAAGAAGCUGCGACUACGGUUCCCUCCCCGGAUCCGCAAGACUCCCAAGCUGACCUUCUACAAGCCUAAUGAGGUCCCGGUCAAGCUGAACACAGCAGCCAUCCUGCGGGAAGGGGCUUUGUACCAGCGGCAGGUGGAGAAGGAGCUGCAGAGGGUGGACAAGCUUAUGGACGGUGCCGGGGACUUCUCCGAGUUCCUUGAGUGGCAGAAGAAGAUGCAGGCCAAGGACCGGGAUGAGCAGCUGGCUGCAGGCAUGUGCCGGAGGCUGCAGGGGAAGCUCAGCCACGAGGAGGCCGCACUGGCCCGGCAGCAGCUCCUGCGGGAAAACCAGCACAAGGCCACCCAAGAAAAGGAGGAGAUGGCCCAGCUGAUGCACCAGUGUGUCGAGAGGCGCCUGCAGGAGGAGCGGUCCAUGAAGGAGCUGGUGGAGCAGGUGAUGGAGGGGCAGAAGAACAUCAAGGUGGCACAGAUGAAGCUCCUGAGGGACCGGCGGCAGACAGUUCAGGAGAUGACUGAGGAGAGUGCAGCACUGCUCCAGCGCAGUGCGCAGGCCGCCCGGGAGGAGCAGAGGCGGCGCUGUGAGCUCAUCUCCCAGCUGCGAGCCCUGGAGACACAGCCCAGGCGUAAGGGCAAGCUUGUGGACCUGACCCAGAUCCCCGGGUAUGGCCUGGAAGGGGAGAUGUCCAUUGUGGAGCUGCGUGAGCGGCUGGCCCUGCUCAAGGAGGCCCAGCGGCGUGAGGAGGAGGAGAAGCGGGACCAGAUCAUCCAGGGCAAGCGUGCCAGGAGCCAGGAGCUGCAGACAGCGCUGGAGCAGAUCUCGCUGUGCCGCGCGGCCAUGGGGAGGUCUGCAGCCUUGAGGUGGGAGGAGAAGAAAGCGGGGCCCCGGGGGGCGCCCCCCCAGGACGAGCGGGUGCAGGAGCUGCAGCGCAGGCUUGUGUACCUCAAUUCUGACACUGGAGCUGGUAGCCGGGUUUACUUUUGCUACAUUUUCAGGACAGGAGCCAUACUGGACUUGAAGAUAGAGCAAAUCUGUGUGGCCCAAAAUGCCUGUGCUAGCCGGAGGAUGAGGAAGCAGCGGGUGUGA